CUGUGUGUGUGUGUGCGCCAUUGCCUCUCAGUACAGCUUUUCUCUGAUAUUUCUUCUUUUCUCUUCCGAUCUUCCUUCCUUCUUCAAGAUCCGCUUCCAUUUUUCUCUCAGAAUCUCCAUUUCUUAGCUUUACACCUCCUUUUCCCUCUUCUCUUUGUUCUUGCUGUAAGCAAUCGGCUCAAAGAAGCUCUUUCUCUCCGAUUUCCCUGUUUCAAGUUCUUCUCUGGGUUCUCUCGAGAUCGUUGCUAUCUGUGAUUCUCCAAAUUUGUAGUUCUUUGCGCCAAGUUUAAUUAAAAAGAAAAAAAAAUUCAGACCCGUGCUGUGAUCUGUGUACAGUAUUGUUCUCCAGCCAUUUUUUGGAGACUUGGCCGAGUUUUGUUGUUGGCAAUAGCUGUGUUCACUUACCAUUUUUACAUUUCAGUUCGAUUUCAGCUGUCGAUGAAGUAUUUUGUUGUCUGUAUUGAACUUUUGAAAGUAUAAUUUUAGCCGUCUCUUAGUUGAGUUUGCCUUUUGGUACUAUCUCUCGGUUUUGAGUUUGAAGUUGGGUUUUCUGUAGCGUGUUGUAAAGUAAUAGGUUGUUGAUGUCAAGAGCUUACUGACUUGUUAAGUUAAUUUGGAUUACUUGCUUGUAAUACACUUGAUUCCAAUUGACAUUGGGGGCUGUGGAUCUCUGGUUGAGCUCAAGCUUGAAGCUACGGCGUUAUAUGCUCUAAUUGCUAUAUCGAUCUGGGAACUUGGGAAGCUUUGUUGGCAAUAUGCAGCCUGAUCAGAGAAGAAAGUCGUCUAUAGAUGUGGAUUUCUUCACGGAAUAUGGUGAAGGGAGCAGGUAUAGAAUAGAGGAAGUAAUUGGUAAAGGAAGUUAUGGUGUUGUGUGCUCUGCAUAUGAUACUCACAUUGGGGAGAAAGUUGCAAUUAAGAAGAUCAACGACAUCUUUGAGCAUGUCUCCGAUGCAACUCGGAUUCUUCGUGAGAUAAAACUUUUAAGACUUUUGAGACAUCCAGACAUUGUGGAGAUAAAGCACAUCCUAUUACCUCCAUCUAGAAGAGAAUUCAAGGACAUUUAUGUCGUGUUUGAGCUCAUGGAAUCUGAUCUACACCAAGUUAUCAAAGCAAACGAUGAUUUGACUCCAGAACAUUAUCAGUUCUUUCUUUACCAGCUUCUUCGAGGCUUGAAAUAUAUACACACAGCUAAUGUCUUCCACCGGGACCUAAAACCCAAAAAUAUCUUAGCAAAUGCUGACUGCAAACUCAAGAUCUGUGACUUUGGUCUGGCAAGAGUUGCUUUUAAUGAUACCCCUACUGCUAUUUUCUGGACAGAUUAUGUAGCAACAAGGUGGUACAGAGCUCCUGAACUGUGUGGUUCCUUUUUCUCAAAGUAUACACCAGCAAUAGAUAUAUGGAGCAUUGGUUGCAUCUUUGCGGAGCUUUUAACUGGAAAACCACUUUUCCCUGGAAAGAACGUCGUCCACCAAUUAGACUUGAUGACAGAUUUUCUGGGAACCCCAAAUGCAGAAGCCAUUGCCAGGGUACGAAAUGAGAAAGCUCGAAGAUACUUGAGCAGUAUGCGAAAGAAGAAGCCGGUUCCUUUCUCCCAGAAGUUUCCUCACGCAGAUCCACUUGCACUUCGCUUGUUGGAAAGAAUGUUAGCUUUCGAGCCAAAGGAUCGACCUACAGCAGAGGAGGCCCUUGCAGAUCCAUAUUUUAAAGGCUUAGCGAAGGUUGAGAGAGAGCCAUCUGCUCAACCUGUAACUAAGAUGGAAUUUGAAUUUGAGAGACGAAGGAUAACCAAAGAAGAUGUUAGGGAGCUUAUUUACCGGGAGAUUCUCGAGUACCAUCCAAAGAUGUUGAAGGAAUUCUUAGAUGGAUCUGAACCUACUGGUUUCAUGUAUCCAAGUGCAGUUGACCAUUUUAAGAAGCAAUUUGCCUUCCUUGAAGAACACUACGGAAAUGGUGCAACUGUUGCUCCUCCUGAAAGGCAGCAUGCAUCCUUGCCUAGGCCAUGUGUUUUAUAUUCAGAUAACACGAUGCAGAACUCGACACAAGUUGCAAAUGACCUAUCCAAAUGUUCCAUCAAAGAAGUUGAGAGGCCACAAGUGGAUAGGACUUGCAAUAUUCCUUUGACUAGAGUUCCUAUUCAAGUUCCUCAGUCUAUUCAAGGCAAUGGUGCAAGGCCUGGAAAAGUUGUUGGCAACGUGUUACGAUACAACUGCGGAGCAGCAGCAGCAGCAGCAGUGGCACCAGAAGUUCUGGAACAGCGGAGGAUGAUCAGAAACCCGUCCAUUCCACCACCAUACGCCGCUACUAACUGUUCGUAUCCCAGACGAAACCCAUCCUGUAAAAAUGAAAGGACUGAUGAUGAAGCCAUUGAAGGUUCAAAUGGGUUGCAGCCAAAACCUCAGUACAUAGCUAGAAAAGUUGCUGCUGCCCAAGGUGGACCAGGAAAUAACUGGUACUGAAUCUAUAAUCCACUGUUCAUUCUUGGGUCUCCGGUCAUUUCAGUGAAGACGUAACCGAUCUCCAUUGCGGGCUUGUACUGAAACUUCUCGAGGACCAUCUCCCACGAGUCUGAGUGAAACCAACAGCAGCAACAUUACAUGAGACGAUGAAGUUUAAGACAUGAUUCAUUGGAAAGACAAAGAAAACUGUAGUCUAUGUUGCUGACAAAGUUGGGUUGCUAUUGUAGCAUUCUUAUUGUUCGUCGAAGCGUUCGUGUUCAUCGUCGAAGCUUUGUGACUGAUUGCAGCUUACCUGGUACUUGAUAUUAGGACCAUGAUGCUGAUUAUUAUGCUUUCUUUAUACUGUUUUUCUCUUUCGCAGGUAUAAGUUACAAAAGUUCACUAAUCCCAAUCCACUAAGAUUGCUGUUUGAAGAUAUUUGGAACCUGAAAAUCAAAACCUUAAUCAGUAGCUGAUUCUCUUAUGUAUGAAAAGUGUAAUCCCUUUAACUUAUUUAUAUUUAUCACAUAAGCCGUCUCUUAUCUGCUUCUUCA